UAUAGUCAUAGUUUUUUGUCAUAUUCUAUUACAGAAGUAUCCAGGAACAACUUUGUGACUCCAAACUUUUGAAUGCUAGUUCAUAUAAAACAGAUCCUCAAAGGGAAAGUAAACUAACAUCAUUCAGCUGAUUCCUCUGAUGCGGCUGUUACAUAUCCUGUGGUUACUAUUGGUUACCAUUUGUCUUGCAAAUUAACUCUAACCCUAACAAAAAAAAAGGCAUCUCCAUAGUAAAACAACAGGCGCCUGAUCAUUCCUGACUUUCAAUCUGACGUGUUUCAUGCAUAAUUGCUUUGGCCACUAUUUGCAUCGCCCCUUUGACUAAAUACACAAAGCAUCCACGAUUUACAAAGUUUUUCUGUGACUUCAGAAAUGAAGUUCAAUAUGAGUCCAUGUGUGCCGUGUUGUGUGAUCGCCUCCAGCAUCAUAGCAACCGACAGGUAACACGAGACGACGGUUGUAGGUGGAUAUACGAGUAAGGGACAAGCGUUCAUAUGACAUACACACAGACAGAUGAUAAGUGUACUAGUACAGCACUAGGACCCAGAAGUCCUUUACUCUUAAGUCCUCCUCUCCUUACAGAUCAUUCAUUUCUCUCCUCCCAACCUGAAUCACUCACUCCAGGAUGUAGCCCGCAGAUGUCGCAGAAGCAGUCUGAGAAGAUCAAGUGCUGGAGUAUGAGAAUAACAGCAAACAUCUAAAUGCUGGACAACAUCAUCAGAUCUCUCAUUUAGGGACCCUUGGCUUUACAAAAACUUUUCAUCAUUGUCAUCGUUUAAAAAAGCAAGAAAUUUAACUUGGAUAUGCACUGGACAUCUACAGGACAAAACCUAAAUUCUCAUUGAUUUGAUCUCACCGUUAACCCUUUCGCCAAGUUGAAGUUUUCCGAAUCAGUCAGUAUGUGAACGGCCCCAGACACAGAGCUUCACUGAGCAAGACCUUACCAUUUUCUGGACUGUAUAUGUUUACAUGCGUGUGUAACUUGGGAAUACCGCUAUGGGGAACGCGGCAGGUAGUUUGGAGAUGUCCCCCGGACGGGAUGUUAAACGACCUUUGAGCACUUAUGGGACGAAACAGCCACCGGCCCCUAAACUCCCCGUCCCACCUGAGGAGGAAUUAGAAGAGAGGUUCAGCAUUGUUUUGAACUCUAUGAAUCUUCCACCCGAUAAAGUGAAACUGCUCUGUCAAUACGACAAUGAGAAGAAAUGGGAAUUAGUUUGUGAUCAGGAACGGUUUCAGGUGAAGAAUCCUCCAUCUGCUUACAUUCAGAAACUGAAAGCUGUAUUAGACCAGGGUGGAGGCAGAAAGUUUAAGAGGCGGGUGCAGGAGUCCACACAGGUUCUGAGAGAGUUAGAGAUCUCCCUGCGCACCAAUCACAUCGGAUGGGCUCAGGAGUUUUUAAAUGAAGAAAAUAAGGGCUUAGACGUGCUGGUAGAUUUCCUCUCUUUUGCUCAACGUGCAGUCACAUAUGACAUGGACAGCUCUGAAAGUGGAAGUUUUGAUGAGAAAUCAGUGGAAGAUCUGACUGCGAGUGCAACAAACUCCCCUACCCACAAUUCCCCGCGCUCAGGACGCCCCUUCACUUCAAGGAAAGCUCUGCGUUACUCUCGUCUGCUCAGUCAGAAGAAUCAUCUUCAUCUGUGCAUCAUGUGUCUGCGUGCCAUCAUGAAUUAUCAGUUAGGGUUUAAUCAGGUGAUGGCUCAUCCCAGCUGUGUCAAUGAAAUCACUCUCAGUCUCAACAACAAGAGUGCCAGGACUAAAGCUCUGGUUCUGGAGCUUCUUGCAGCUGUGUGUCUGGUUCGAGGAGGACACGAAAUGAUUAUUGCAGCCUUUAAUAAUUUUAAAGUGGCGUGUGGAGAAAAGACUCGAUUUGAAAAACUGAUGGAUUAUUUAAAAAAUGAAGAAAGCAACAUUGAUUUUAUGGUGGCAUGUAUGCAGUUUAUCAACAUCAUAGUUCACUCUGUAGACAACAUGAACUUCAGGGUGUAUUUACAGUAUGAGUUUACACAACUAGGAUUAGACGGUUGUCUGGAGAGGUUAAAUGCUACUGAAAGCGAGAGAUUACAGCUACAAAUUCAAGCAUAUCUUGAUAAUUUGUUCGAUAUUGGAGCGAUGUUAGAAGACGUAGAGGCCAAAAACACAAUAAUGGAACAUUUAGAAGAGAUGCAGGAGGAAAACACACAGUUAAAUUUAAGACUACAAGAGUGUGAAAAUGAAGCAGAGAAGAAGAUAUCUGAACUUGAGAAACAACUCAUACAGAGCGCCAAAGAAGUCGAACUUCUAAAGGAAAGUUUGAAGGGAGCGUGCACUCAGAUCUCCCAGCUCCAGCAAAGAGAGAAAGAAAGAGAGAUAGAGAUUGAGAAAGAAAAGGAGAGAGAGCGAGAAAGACAAAGCUCUGCCAAAACUUUGACUGAACUGGAGAACAUGGUUCAGAUUCUCGUGGAUCGAGGUCUGAUCCGCAUGGAGAGAUCAGACUCCGGCUCUCUGGAUUUACAAAUCAUAGCUGCCACAAACACUACUGAUAAGACUACUACAGAAAAUAAGUCCUCACCUCAAGCUCCGCCUCCAGCCCCCCCUCCUCCGCCUCCUCUUCCUCCACCCCCUAUGAGUACUGCUCCGCCCUCCUCACCGUUACCUGGAAGGGCAAGUACAGUACUGACAGGCGUUAAAGGUAAGAAGCCAAUCCACACCAAGUAUCGUAUGCCUCUGCUGAACUGGCAGGCUUUAAUGGCAGAACAGGUGGCGGGUACCGUCUUCACUGAACUGGAUGAUGAAAGUGUUCUCGGGGAACUGAACAUGGAAGUUUUUGAGGAGAUGUUUAAGACCAAAGCUCAGUCCGCCCCUGUUGAUGUUGGAACUAUAAAGAUAAAAGUGGCACAAAAAGCAUCGAGUAAAAUCUCAAUACUGGAGCCCAACAGGGCCAAAAAUCUUGCCAUCACACUGCGGAGAGGAGGCAUGAGCGGCACUCAGAUCUGUGAUGCAAUUAAAACGUGUAAUCUUAAUUUGUUAAACUCAGAUUUUCUGGAGCAGUUGGAGCGUUUCAUCCCAUCUGAUUAUGAGUUGAAGAUGAUUCAGAAUUUUGAACGUGAGGGACGGCCACUGGCGGAGCUGUCGGAGGAAGACAGAUUCAUGGUGGCUUUUAAUAAAAUCCCACGUCUCUCACAGAGAAUCAGCACUUUGACAUUCAUGGGCAAUUUCAGCGAGAGCAUCCAACUUCUGCAGCCGCAAUUAAAUGCAAUAAUCGCUGCGUCAAUGUCAAUCAAGUCCUCCAGCAAACUCAAGAAGAUUUUGGAGAUCAUCCUUGCAUUUGGGAAUUAUAUGAACAGUGGGAAACGAGGCUCGGCCUAUGGGUUUCGACUCCAAAGUCUUGACCUGCUUCUGGACACAAAAUCCACUGAUCGAAAACAGACGCUACUUCACUUCAUCGUCGGCAUCAUACAAGAGAAAUAUCCACAUCUCCAAAACUUUCACACUGAGCUACAGUUUCUGGAUAAAGCUGCACUGGUGUCUCUGGAAAGCAUCGUAGCAGACGUGCGCUCCCUUGAGAAGGGAAUGGAGAUGGUCCGAAAAGAGUUCAACCAACAGAAAGACAAUGUUGUCCUCACAGACUUCCUGACGAAAAACAGCGACCUGCUGGACAGUGUGGUCCAAGACGGCAAAACUUCACAGGAAGUCUAUCACUCAGUUGUUGAAUAUUUCGGAGAGAAUCCCAAAACCACACCUCCUUCCGCCUUCUUCCCAGUUUUUGCAAGGUUCAUCAAAGCCUAUAAGCUGGCCGAGCAAGAAAACAUGCAGCGAAAGAAAAACAUCUCAGAAAAUGACCACAGUACAGACUUACCCAAAUCUGACCAUCCUAUCAGCAUAUCUAUGAAUCAUAAGCAGGUGCCCAUGUUGCCACGGUUACCACAGAUGGAUCUGAUCUCAGAGCUGAAACGCAGGCAGAUGUCACCGCUUCUGCGAGAGGGCAAAGAUGGAGCCAUUGAGGACAUCAUCACAGCUCUGAAUGUUGUGCCGUUUGUGGCGCGCUCAGGGAAACGCUCUUCUCGUCUGCUCUGUGAUUCUACCUUCAGCGAAGCGACUUCUGUAUAACUUUCUCUUUAUCUGUCGCUGAAGAUUUGAGAAAUCAGCCAUAUAUCAGAGCAGACGGAGCCAGACGAAGCGCCAAAUGGAAACCGGCUCAGCAUCUUACCGUGUCCUCGGAUAUCUCCCUGUGAACUCCAGAAAGAAUAAUGAAGCCAAAAACAGUUUACAAUUAUUUCAACUUUCAUAUUUAAGUAAACUCUAAAUUAAGAACAGUUUCUUAUUUAUGUAAAAUUUUGCAGUUUGUAGGGAUGUGCCAGGAUUAAGGCUGCAUAACGAUUAAUCGCAACUAAUUGUUUACAGAAUAAAAGCUUUUGUUUACAUCAUAUAUGUGUGUGUACUCUGUAUAAUAAUUCUGUAUAUAUAAUAAAUACACACACAUGCAUGUAUACGUUUAAGAAAUAUUUACAUGUGCAUAUAUAUUUUUUUAUGUUUAUAUAUAAUUUUUAUUAUAUAUAAAUAUGAAUAGUUAAUAUAUACUUUUUUUCUUAAAAUUAUCCAUGCAUGUGUAUUUAUUUUUACAUAAUUAUUAUGCACAGUACACACACACAUAUAUAUGAUGUCAACAAAAACCAUUUUUUUUCAAACGAUUAGUUGCGAUUAAUUGUUAUGCAGCCUUAGUCAGGAUAUGUUGAGGUCCCCAUAUUUAAAUAAAUAUUUACAUUUAUUUUGAAGGAUUUAGCAGAUUCUUUAUUGCAGAAUCUAAAUUGACAGUAUAUUAACAUUGUGAUUCUGAGAUUAAAACCAUGACCUUUGCGUUGCUAACGUAAUGCUCUACUAAGUGAGCUAAAUAAAUUUUGUACAAUGGAAACCUAGUUUUAGAUAUAAAUUAUUUUUUAUUACUUCCAUGACAAUUAAGAAAUUGUAAUGUUUGUUUAAAUUACUUUUUAUUUAUUUCCUUUUAAUUUUGGAGGUUAAUAUGACCCAAACUUGUUCUGUGAAAUUUAUCUUUAUAAUCAUCAACCACAUUUUAGAAAAUCUUAGAAAUCGAUGUAUUCUUAAAAUGCUUCUGGUAAAUGUAUAUGAGCUGGCUUUGUCUAUAUGUAUAUGAUGUUUUUGUUUCAUAUAAAUCCAUGUUUUGUUCUAAAUAAAUUUGGCAACAUAAAGGUUUUAUACUGGAUGACAGUGGCGGUUCACAAAUAAAAAUCUAUAAAUGGAGGACAAAUAGCAUGGAAGACAUUUGUAUAAGAUACUCACUUUAAUAAUCACAAAACAUCACGAGAACAUUCAAAACCAACAGUCUCUUGUACAUACAGAACCAGACGAGGUUUGAUCGACAUUAAUACAACUUUUGCAUUAUAACAUUUUCAUAUAGAUAUAUUUCUAUUGGUCAACAUUGCAUUCACACCUUUAUUGUUAUCGUUUGAUCACAAGAAUUCGUCUAUAGAUAUUUACAUUCGUAUCAGUUGCAGUAAUGAAAAGCGUUUCGGUUUAAUCGAGGUUUGGAAUGGUUGAAUGGUUUGUUAUAGAUUUGAGACAACAGUGAAAAGGAUCUGAUGUGACCCAUCUACUUACAUAGGACUCUAUUUAUUUAAAAACUCUUUAAAUACAGAAAUCCAUCCAUCUUACACAUGUAAACAAAACAUACAGAGAGAAGAUUCUGCAUGCAGACUUUAAGAUUUCUACAUGCAGUUCAGAACUCUCGCAAGUAUUUAGAUAAAAUAAAAAAAGAUUACAAAAAAUACCCUAAAUAAACAUGAUACAGAUUAUAUACAGCUACACAGUUACACUGUUGUUUGUUUUGUACAUAUAUUCUGGACAUUUAGCAGUAUGUUAACACAUCAUACAAUGCUCAGAGUUUAUUUUUUAGUUCAAUAAAAUCUUUAAUACAAUAAAUGAGAAAAUGAGGUAUGUACCAGGCUUCUGAUGGACACAACCACCAAACUAUAGCAUAAACCUUUAUAUAAUAUACAGUAUACACAUAACCUCCUUCUCUUAAAGUGAGGAAAACAAUGGCAGUGGAGCCGUUGUAUAUAAACCCUUGGUUUCAUUCACCUUCAGCUGGUCUUUCAUUAUAGCGCUAAUAUGUUCGGUCCAGUGACACAAAGUGCUUCACAUGUAUGUAUAGUAAAAUGUGUUUUUAAUGUAAAUUCACUCUCACAUAUCAGAUUGCACAGCGGGAAUUUCAUUGGAUGCAUAUCAGAUCUUGGGCAUUGCAAGAAUUUACAUGAAUUAUGGACUUUUAGAUACAGUUAAUCUUUUUUUUAGUAUAAAAAUACAAAAGCUAAUCUCGUAUAAAAAUCUAGCUUAUACUUGAUAAAUUAAUUGGUUCAUUUUUGCUAACCGUGUAUAGUCAAUAGUGUUUCCUUUACUCUUAAAAAUAAAGGUGCUUGAAAGAUUUUUCACAGCGAUGCAUUUACGCUUUUAUCCAAAGCGACUUACAGUGUAUUACAAGCUAUACAUUUAUUUAUUUAUUUUAAUUCAGUAUGUGUGUUUUCUGGGUUCGAAUUAAUGAUCUUUUUUGCUGCUAAUGCAAUGCUCUACCACUAAGCUAUACAAGAACUCGAUGUCAUAGAAGAACCAUUUUGGUUCCUCAAAGAACCAUUCAGUGAAAGGUACUCAUUUCAUACCAUUAGUGACCCUGGACCAUAAAAUAAGAGUUAAUUAAAAAAAAUUUAGAUUUAUACAUCGAAUAAAUUAGCUUUCUAUUGAUGUAUGGUUUGGAUAGGACAAUAUUUGGCCGAGAUACAACUAUUCAAAAA